UGUUGCAAUGCCCAUCACUUGUCAGUCGUCCUUUGAUACAGCGUUCAUUAAGAUGGCAUUACUGAGAAACUUUUGUGCCUUCAUUAUUGUGUUAAUUUCAAUUCUGUCAGCCAGUUCACUGGAGCUUCUCCCGAAAAAUAUACUGGACAAGGCUAAGGAUAUCACCAAGGCAAAUGUGCGUAUUGGGGAACGGUUGGCUACCAAUGUCCCUAUGCUUUUGCCCAGUCUGCAGGAAGUUAGUGAAUUUGGCAAACAAUCCCUGUUAGGAUACCCCUUCGAAGCCGUUGCUCUUGGAAUACACAGCUUCUGCUCGGCCGCUGUAGCAUCCAAUGGAACAGAACCAUACUUCGAACCAGACCUAAGUCUAAUGAAUUAUGUGCUAAUGACGGAAUCCGGAAAUUUUUCCUACCCUCUGAGCAAAGCUCAGGAUUUAUGGGAGAGCCCCGAGUUUUUAAGGGAAUUAGACACAGUUAUUGUGGUGACUGGAUGGUUGACUUCCAUCAAUGAUGAAAAAAAUGAUGCGGUGACUGAGUUGUACAAAGCGUAUCGAGCAAGAGGAGGUCACAAUUUUAUCGUAAUCGACACGGUUUCUCAGCUAACAACGUUGUACACGUGGUCAUCAUUCAACACCAAUGCUCUGGGAAACGCGCUUGGAGAUGGCUUGGCAAAGCUGAUAAAUUAUGUCCCGGUCAGAUCAAUUCAUGUGAUUGGACAUAGCCUGGGAGCACAUAUUAGCGGUGCGGCAGGACGACGAUUCCAGAUACUCACUGGAAGUGAUUUGCCUCGUAUUACAGGACUAGAUCCAGCGAACCCAUGUUUCAACGAAGGAGAAUCUCUAUCAGGUCUCAGCCGCGGUGAUGCUUCUUGGGUGGACAUCAUUCACAGUAACGUGAGAGUUUUGGGAAAACGUGACCCGAUUGGUGAUAUAGAUUUCUAUCCUAAUGGACUAAAUUCCAUCCAACCAGGAUGUUUUACAGUGGUAUGUUCUCACAGUCGAGCAUGGCAGUACUACGCGGAAAGUGUCUAUCCAGGCAAUGAGAACAACUUUGUCGGCGUCAAGUGCAACAGUCUGUCAGCUGUCGUCGAUAAAUUAUGCAACGCACAGACCGCCAUCAUGGGCUACAAUGUGAACCUGAAACGCAAGGGUAGCUUUUUCCUCAGGGUUAACUCAGAGGCACCGUACGGUAGAAAGAACGACUUUUAAGUGUUAUAGAAUUGGGAGCAUUUAUAACUGAAUGAAUCAAUAAUUUAAAAAUGCUUUUGUUUAAAAACCAUGUGUUACCCAGUACAAAUGAAUAAAGUUUUGUAAAA